AUGGGGGAGGAGUAUGGGGAGAGGAGCAUGGGGGGAGGAGUAUGGGGAGAGGAGCAUGGGGGGAGGAGUAUGGGGAGAGGAGCAUGGGGGGAGGAGCAUGGGGAGAGGAGCAUGGGGGGAGGAGCAUGGGGGGAGGAGCAUGGGGAGAGGAGCAUGGGGAGAGGAGCAUGGGGAGAGGAGCAUGGGGAGAGGAGCAUGGGGAGAGGAGCAUGGGGAGAGGAGCAUGGGGAGAGGAGCAUGGGGAGAGGAGCAUGGGGAGAGGAGCAUGGGGAGAGGAGCAUGGGGAGAGGAGCAUGGGGGGAGGAGCAUGGGGAGAGGAGCAUGGGGGGAGGAGUAUGGGGAGAGGAGCAUGGGGGGAGGAGUAUGGGGAGAGGAGCAUGGGGGGAGGAGUAUGGGGAGAGGAGCAUGGGGGGAGGAGCAUGGGGAGAGGAGUAUGGGGGGAGGAGUAAGGGGGGAGGAGCAUGGGGGGAGGAGCAUGGGGGGAGGAGCAUGGGGAGAGGAGCAUGGGGGGAGGAGCAUGGGGAGAGGAGCAUGGGGGGAGGAGCAUGGGGAGAGGAGCAUGGGGGGAGGAGUAUGGGGAGAGGAGCAUGGGGGGAGGAGCAUGGGGGGAGGAGUAUGGGGGGAGGAGCAUGGGGAGAGGAGCAUGGGGAGAGGAGCAUGGGGAGAGGAGCAUGGGGGGAGGAGUAUGGGGAGAGGAGCAUGGGGGGAGGAGCAUGGGGGGAGGAGCAUGGGGAGAGGAGCAUGGGGGGAGGAGUAUGGGGAGAGGAGCAUGGGGGGAGGAGCAUGGGGGGAGGAGUAUGGGGGGAGGAGCAUGGGGAGAGGAGCAUGGGGAGAGGAGCAUGGGGGGAGGAGUAUGGGGAGAGGAGCAUGGGGGGAGGAGUAUGGGGAGAGGAGCAUGGGGGGAGGAGUAUGGGGAGAGGAGCAUGGGGGGAGGAGCAUGGGGAGAGGAGCAUGGGGGAGGAGCAUGGGGAGAGGAGCAUGGGGGGGAGGAGUAUGGGGAGAGGAGCAUGGGGGGAGGAGCAUGGGGGGAGGAGUAUGGGGGGAGGAGCAUGGGGAGAGGAGCAUGGGGAGAGGAGCAUGGGGAGAGGAGCAUGGGGGGAGGAGUAUGGGGAGAGGAGCAUGGGGGGAGGAGCAUGGGGGGAGGAGCAUGGGGAGAGGAGCAUGGGGAGAGGAGCAUGGGGAGAGGAGCAUGGGGAGAGGAGCAUGGGGGGAGGAGCAUGGGGAGAGGAGCAUGGGGAGAGGAGCAUGGGGAGAGGAGCAUGGGGAGAGGAGCAUGGGGAGAGGAGCAUGGGGGAGGAGCAUGGGGAGAGGAGCAUGGGGAGAGGAGCAUGGGGAGAGGAGCAUGGGGAGAGGAGCAUGGGGAGAGGAGCAUGGGGAGAGGAGCAUGGGGAGAGGAGCAUGGGGAGAGGAGCAUGGGGAGAGGAGCAUGGGGAGAGGAGCAUGGGGGGAGGAGUAUGGGGAGAGGAGCAUGGGGGGAGGAGUAUGGGGAGAGGAGCAUGGGGGAGGAGUAUGGGGAGAGGAGCAUGGGGGAGGAGUAUGGGGAGAGGAGCAUGGGGGGAGGAGUAUGGGGAGAGGAGCAUGGGGGGAGGAGCAUGGGGAGAGGAGUAUGGGGGGAGGAGUAUGGGGGGAGGAGCAUGGGGGGAGGAGCAUGGGGGGAGGAGUAUGGGGGGAGGAGCAUGGGGAGAGGAGCAUGGGGAGAGGAGCAUGGGGAGAGGAGCAUGGGGGGAGGAGUAUGGGGAGAGGAGCAUGGGGGGAGGAGCAUGGGGGGAGGAGCAUGGGGAGAGGAGCAUGGGGGGAGGAGUAUGGGGAGAGGAGCAUGGGGGGAGGAGCAUGGGGGGAGGAGUAUGGGGGGAGGAGCAUGGGGAGAGGAGCAUGGGGAGAGGAGCAUGGGGGGAGGAGUAUGGGGAGAGGAGCAUGGGGGGAGGAGUAUGGGGAGAGGAGCAUGGGGGGAGGAGUAUGGGGAGAGGAGCAUGGGGGGAGGAGCAUGGGGAGAGGAGCAUGGGGGGAGGAGCAUGGGGAGAGGAGCAUGGGGGGAGGAGUAUGGGGAGAGGAGCAUGGGGGGAGGAGCAUGGGGGGAGGAGUAUGGGGGGAGGAGCAUGGGGAGAGGAGCAUGGGGAGAGGAGCAUGGGGAGAGGAGCAUGGGGGGAGGAGUAUGGGGAGAGGAGCAUGGGGGGAGGAGCAUGGGGGGAGGAGCAUGGGGAGAGGAGCAUGGGGAGAGGAGCAUGGGGAGAGGAGCAUGGGGAGAGGAGCAUGGGGGGAGGAGCAUGGGGAGAGGAGCAUGGGGAGAGGAGCAUGGGGAGAGGAGCAUGGGGAGAGGAGCAUGGGGAGAGGAGCAUGGGGGGAGGAGCAUGGGGAGAGGAGCAUGGGGAGAGGAGCAUGGGGAGAGGAGCAUGGGGAGAGGAGCAUGGGGAGAGGAGCAUGGGGAGAGGAGCAUGGGGAGAGGAGCAUGGGGAGAGGAGCAUGGGGAGAGGAGCAUGGGGAGAGGAGCAUGGGGGGAGGAGUAUGGGGAGAGGAGCAUGGGGGGAGGAGUAUGGGGAGAGGAGCAUGGGGGGAGGAGUAUGGGGAGAGGAGCAUGGGGGGAGGAGUAUGGGGAGAGGAGCAUGGGGGGAGGAGUAUGGGGAGAGGAGCAUGGGGGGAGGAGCAUGGGGAGAGGAGUAUGGGGGGAGGAGUAUGGGGGGAGGAGCAUGGGGGGAGGAGCAUGGGGAGAGGAGCAUGGGGAGAGGAGCAUGGGGAGAGGAGCAUGGGGAGAGGAGCAUGGGGAGAGGAGCAUGGGGAGAGGAGCAUGGGGGGAGGAGCAUGGGGAGAGGAGCAUGGGGAGAGGAGCAUGGGGAGAGGAGCAUGGGGAGAGGAGCAUGGGGGGAGGAGAGCAUGGGGGGAGGAGUAUGGGGAGAGGAGCAUGGGGGGAGGAGUAUGGGGAGAGGAGCAUGGGGGGAGGAGUAUGGGGAGAGGAGCAUGGGGGGAGGAGUAUGGGGAGAGGAGCAUGGGGGGAGGAGCAUGGGGAGAGGAGUAUGGGGGGAGGAGUAUGGGGAGAGGAGCAUGGGGGGAGGAGCAUGGGGGGAGGAGCAUAGGGAGAGGAGCAUGGGGGGAGGAGUAUGGGGAGAGGAGCAUGGGGGGAGGAGCAUGGGGGGAGGAGUAUGGGGGGAGGAGCAUGGGGAGAGGAGCAUGGGGAGAGGAGCAUGGGGGGAGGAGUAUGGGGAGAGGAGCAUGGGGGGAGGAGUAUGGGGAGAGGAGCAUGGGGGGAGGAGUAUGGGGAGAGGAGCAUGGGGGGAGGAGCAUGGGGAGAGGAGCAUGGGGGGAGGAGCAUGGGGAGAGGAGCAUGGGGGGAGGAGUAUGGGGAGAGGAGCAUGGGGGGAGGAGCAUGGGGGGAGGAGUAUGGGGGGAGGAGCAUGGGGAGAGGAGCAUGGGGAGAGGAGCAUGGGGAGAGGAGCAUGGGGGGAGGAGUAUGGGGAGAGGAGCAUGGGGGGAGGAGCAUGGGGGGAGGAGUAUGGGGAGAGGAGCAUGGGGGGAGGAGUAUGGGGAGAGGAGCAUGGGGGGAGGAGCAUGGGGAGAGGAGCAUGGGGAGAGGAGCAUGGGGAGAGGAGCAUGGGGAGAGGAGCAUGGGGAGAGGAGCAUGGGGAGAGGAGCAUGGGGAGAGGAGCAUGGGGGGAGGAGCAUGGGGAGAGGAGCAUGGGGAGAGGAGCAUGGGGAGAGGAGCAUGGGGAGAGGAGCAUGGGGAGAGGAGCAUGGGGGGAGGAGCAUGGGGAGAGGAGCAUGGGGAGAGGAGCAUGGGGAGAGGAGCAUGGGGAGAGGAGCAUGGGGGGAGGAGCAUGGGGAGAGGAGCAUGGGGAGAGGAGCAUGGGGAGAGGAGCAUGGGGAGAGGAGCAUGGGGAGAGGAGCAUGGGGGAGGAGCAUGGGGAGAGGAGCAUGGGGAGAGGAGCAUGGGGAGAGGAGCAUGGGGAGAGGAGCAUGGGGAGAGGAGCAUGGGGAGAGGAGCAUGGGGAGAGGAGCAUGGGGAGAGGAGCAUGGGGAGAGGAGCAUGGGGAGAGGAGCAUGGGGGGAGGAGUAUGGGGAGAGGAGCAUGGGGGGAGGAGUAUGGGGAGAGGAGCAUGGGGGGAGGAGUAUGGGGAGAGGAGCAUGGGGGGAGGAGUAUGGGGAGAGGAGCAUGGGGGGAGGAGUAUGGGGAGAGGAGCAUGGGGGGAGGAGCAUGGGGAGAGGAGUAUGGGGGGAGGAGUAUGGGGGGAGGAGCAUGGGGGGAGGAGCAUGGGGAGAGGAGCAUGGGGAGAGGAGCAUGGGGAGAGGAGCAUGGGGAGAGGAGCAUGGGGAGAGGAGCAUGGGGAGAGGAGCAUGGGGGGAGGAGCAUGGGGAGAGGAGCAUGGGGAGAGGAGCAUGGGAGAGGAGCAUGGGGAGAGGAGCAUGGGGGGAGGAGUAUGGGGAGAGGAGCAUGGGGGGAGGAGUAUGGGGAGAGGAGCAUGGGGAGAGGAGCAUGGGGGGAGGAGUAUGGGGAGAGGAGCAUGGGGGGAGGAGUAUGGGGAGAGGAGCAUGGGGGGAGGAGUAUGGGGAGAGGAGCAUGGGGGGAGGAGUAUGGGGAGAGGAGCAUGGGGGGAGGAGUAUGGGGAGAGGAGCAUGGGGGGAGGAGCAUGGGGAGAGGAGUAUGGGGGGAGGAGUAUGGGGAGAGGAGCAUGGGGGGAGGAGCAUGGGGGGAGGAGCAUGGGGAGAGGAGCAUGGGGAGAGGAGCAUGGGGGGAGGAGUAUGGGGAGAGGAGCAUGGGGGGAGGAGUAUGGGGAGAGGAGCAUGGGGGGAGGAGUAUGGGGAGAGGAGCAUGGGGGGAGGAGCAUGGGGAGAGGAGUAUGGGGGGAGGAGUAUGGGGGGAGGAGCAUGGGGGGAGGAGCAUGGGGGGAGGAGCAUGGGGAGAGGAGCAUGGGGGGAGGAGCAUGGGAGGAGGAGUAUGGGGGGAGGAGUAUGGGGAGAGGAGCAUGGGGGGAGGAGUAUGGGGAGAGGAGCAUGGGGGGAGGAGUAUGGGGAGAGGAGCAUGGGGGGAGGAGUAUGGGGAGAGGAGCAUGGGGGGAGGAGUAUGGGGAGAGGAGCAUGGGGGGAGGAGUAUGGGGAGAGGAGCAUGGGGGGAGGAGUAUGGGGAGAGGAGCAUGGGGGGGAGGAGUAUGGGGAGAGGAGCAUGGGGGGAGGAGUAUGGGGAGAGGAGCAUGGGGGGAGGAGUAUGGGGAGAGGAGCAUGGGGGGAGGAGUAUGGGGAGAGGAGCAUGGGGGGGAGGAGUAUGGGGAGAGGAGCAUGGGGGGAGGAGUAUGGGGAGAGGAGCAUGGGGGGAGGAGUAUGGGGAGAGGAGCAUGGGGGGAGGAGUAUGGGGAGAGGAGCAUGGGGGGAGGAGUAUGGGGAGAGGAGCAUGGGGGGGAGACCAUGGAGAGUCGAGCACGAGAGGGAUGCGAGGAGGCACCCGUGGGUGGUUGA